GCGGUGGCCGACUUGAACCGAGGCUUUUAUUGCUGUAGUUUAUUUCCACCCCCUUCCCUCCUGUUCGCUCUUCCUCUGUCUCUUUCCCUUUUUUUUCCGCCCUAGCCGGGGCUGCGUUUGGAAGAGAGGAAGAGAGACAGAAGAUUGCCUUUAUCCUUUACAUUCCUGAAGUCUGCUACUAGCAAGACCAGCGAAGCUAUUGUACCUUUUUCAAUCCUGCCAGAAAACCACAACCAAACCAAAACAACAACAAAAAACCCCAACCAAGUCUCCUUCCCGGCCUUUUUUUUUUUUUUUUUUUUUUUUUUUUUUUUCCCCUUAAAGCUGUCCUGAAAUUAAUUUUCUCCCUGGAGAGAGAUGUCUUAUCAGGGGAAGAAAAACAUUCCACGCAUCACGAGUGAUCGUCUUCUGAUCAAAGGUGGUAAAAUCGUUAACGAUGACCAGUCGUUUUAUGCAGACAUAUACAUGGAGGAUGGGCUGAUCAAGCAAAUCGGAGAAAACCUCAUUGUGCCGGGAGGGGUGAAGACCAUCGAGGCCCAUUCCAGAAUGGUGAUCCCCGGAGGAAUUGAUGUCCACACUCGGUUCCAGAUGCCGGACCAGGGGAUGACAUCUGCUGAUGACUUCUUCCAGGGGACCAAGGCAGCCCUGGCCGGGGGGACCACCAUGAUCAUUGACCAUGUCGUCCCGGAGCCUGGGACAAGCCUGCUGGCCGCCUUCGACCAGUGGAGGGAGUGGGCCGACAGCAAGUCCUGCUGCGACUACUCUCUGCAUGUGGACAUCACCGAGUGGCACAAGGGCAUCCAGGAGGAGAUGGAGGCACUGGUGAAGGACCAUGGGGUAAAUUCCUUUCUCGUGUACAUGGCUUUCAAAGAUCGCUUCCAGCUCACGGAUUCCCAGAUAUAUGAAGUCCUGAGUGUGAUCCGGGAUAUUGGCGCCAUAGCCCAAGUGCACGCGGAAAAUGGGGACAUCAUUGCAGAGGAGCAGCAGAGGAUCUUGGAUCUGGGCAUCACAGGCCCCGAGGGACACGUGCUGAGCCGGCCUGAGGAGGUCGAGGCGGAAGCUGUGAAUAGGUCCAUCACCAUCGCCAACCAGACCAACUGCCCACUGUACAUCACCAAGGUGAUGAGCAAGAGCGCGGCGGAAGUCAUUGCCCAGGCCCGGAAGAAGGGAACCGUGGUGUAUGGUGAGCCUAUCACCGCCAGCUUGGGGACCGAUGGCUCCCACUAUUGGAGCAAGAACUGGGCCAAGGCUGCCGCCUUUGUCACCUCCCCACCCCUGAGCCCCGAUCCGACCACUCCAGACUUCCUGAACUCCUUGCUGUCGUGUGGAGACCUCCAGGUCACUGGUAGUGCCCACUGUACCUUCAACACUGCCCAGAAGGCUGUAGGAAAGGACAACUUCACUCUGAUUCCCGAGGGCACCAAUGGCACUGAGGAGCGGAUGUCUGUCAUCUGGGAUAAGGCUGUGGUCACUGGGAAGAUGGAUGAGAACCAGUUUGUGGCUGUGACCAGCACUAAUGCGGCCAAAGUCUUCAACCUUUACCCCCGGAAAGGCCGCAUCGCCGUGGGAUCCGAUGCAGACCUGGUCAUCUGGGACCCUGACAGCAUGAAGACCGUCUCGGCCAAGACACACAACAGUGCACUGGAGUACAACAUCUUCGAGGGCAUGGAGUGCCGUGGCUCCCCGCUCGUGGUCAUCAGCCAGGGCAAAAUCGUCCUGGAGGACGGCACCCUGCAUGUCACGGAGGGCUCUGGGCGCUACAUCCCCCGGAAGCCGUUCCCUGACUUUGUUUACAAGCGUAUCAAGGCAAGAAGCAGGCUGGCGGAGUUGAGAGGGGUCCCUCGUGGCCUGUAUGAUGGACCUGUGUGCGAGGUGUCCGUGACGCCCAAGACGGUCACUCCGGCCUCCUCGGCGAAGACGUCUCCCGCCAAGCAGCAGGCCCCGCCAGUGCGGAAUCUGCACCAGUCCGGAUUCAGCUUGUCUGGUGCCCAGAUUGAUGACAACAUUCCUCGCCGCACCACCCAGCGCAUCGUGGCGCCCCCUGGUGGCCGUGCCAACAUCACCAGCCUGGGCUAGAGCUCCUGGGCCUGUUGCACUGGGCAUGAGGGAUGGGACACCUGAGGACAUUCUGAGACUUCCCUCUUCUAAUUGUUCUCCUUUUUUUUUUUUUUUUAAAGAGCCUGUGAUAGUUGCUGUGAGCAGCCAGUUCCCGGGGCUCCCUGUCAGGCCCCACGCUCUGCCUCUCACCUGGAGUUACUGAAUUCGCUCACCCACUUUCCCGUCCUCCCAUCCAUAAACUCCACACCCAAGCUUAGCACACACUUUACACAGAGCUGUGUCCAACACUAGACAUGCGCCACAGAGCAGGUCCCCAGGGGGCUCCUCGUCCUGCCCUCGGCCUCUGCAUCUUCCUUGUCAUGGGAAGAUACAGUGAAUUGCCCUGAGCUGCCUUUUUGUCUUUUUUCUUUUUACAUUUUUAAAAAGGCUGUUUUUUUUUGUGGUUGUUUUUGUGGGGCUAGGGAGGGUUUGGGGGACAGGAGAGAGUUCUUUUCUUUUUAAAUACUAAAUUGGGAAGCAAUUCAAUAUUAAUAACACAGGGUUUGAACUGGACAUCCUAAUGAUGCAGUUACGUAACCAUCUCGCUCUUUCGGAUGGUAGGCGAGUUCUUUUUGUCCCUCCUGAGUAGCUCCAGAGUGUCCACUUUGUUCUUCUGGGUCAUCUGUUGAGAAAGGCCAAGUUUUCUAUUUUGGCCUAGAUUUUUGCAGCAGAUGAGAGCUUUUGAGGAUUCUACUUGCCGUGUUUCCACCCUCUCUCUUGCUCGCUCUAGCUUUUUUGUUCAUGAAUAUUUCAGAUGCCUGUGUCUUGCUUCGUAUUUCCUCCAGCCCUUGUCUCUGAGGCUGGGUUUCCCCCUCCUGCUCUCACUGCUUUUCUGAUUGCCAGGUGUCCCAUGUCCCUGUGGUCAGAACCUGCCCAGAAGGACUCGCACUUUUCCCCGGUGUCCAUAGUCCUGUGUCCUCCUGGUCCUGUAGGACUGGUGCUACCUGCCCAUGGUCACAAGUUGGUGUGUGUGAGCUUGAGUCACUUGCCAGGUGCAGGGAUGGCUGGGUCUCACCCAGGCCGACGCCUGGGGCCUAGCGGGUCACACAGUGUGGGCCUGACGGGUGGGCUGCCGAAUGUUGACUGUUUCACCACAUACUACUGACUGGUGAAAGAGAAAUGGUGAACCAGCCCGGCACCAAGGUCACCUGGGCUCCAGCUGCCUACAGGCUCCCUGGGGCAGUGCCUGUGCCAGUCUGGCCGCCAGGGUAUGCUUUUGCCCCAUUAGGGAUCUUUUGGGUUCUGGAACACAGCAAGGAAAAUACCAUCUUCUUAAUCUCAAGCAACUAUUUCACAAGUGACACUGCAAUGCAAGGUGACCUUAUAAACUCAGAAAUCCCUCGGAAAAUUCAGCUGAAAGCCCAUUUUACUUUGCAAGACGGGGAAAUAAUCUGUUUUAUGAACCAUGGAUCAUGGUGGGCUCCUAUGGGGGAGAAGAUCUUACAAACAGAGGGUGCAGUUCCCUCGGAGACUAUGGGCGACCUCGCACCUGUGCCCUGCCCUGUCCCUGCUUCAGCCACCCCUUUGUGCUAACGGGCUUCUUGCUGUCCCUGCUGACCGUGUCAUGUUUCUUUUCAGACACGUUUAGAGGUCCUUGUGAGCAAUGUGAGGUUCCUCGACCUAUGAACCAAGUCGGGCUUUGUAAAGCGAAGCAUCUCGUAGUGGGUCGUCGCUGCGCGGAGCCCCCCUGCCGCCACACAUUUUUGCCUUUGGGGUUUAUGGUUGGGGUUUUGGUUUGUUGUUGUUGUUUAUUUGCUGUUUUAAAGGUCAAUUGCACUUUUUUUUUUUGCUAAGGAAAAGAAUUGGUUGACUUAAUAUAUUUGCUUUUUUUUCUCACCUGUACUUAGAGGAAAUUCGAAGAAGUUGGAAAAGAAAUUUUUGUUUCAAUUCUGAGAAACACACGCAGCUCUUCAGUAUUUGCUUGUCUUCCUGUCUUUCCCACACCGGGUCAUGGUCAUUUUGUUUUUUUCGAUUAUUUUCUUUAAAAAACAAAAAGAAAAAAAAAAGCCCUGCAGUUUAAAACCUGAACAUUCGCACAGGCUGUGUACGCAUGCUUACCUGUUGGCUUGCUUUGUGUGUCUGUUAAUGGAUGUCCUACGUAAGUGCUAAAAUACAUGGACAGUGUCUCAGAACUGGGUGACCGCAGUGACUUGACGCUCACAGUGUAGGAGUUAAUGCUAGAUGGCUUCUAAUCUUUGAAAUUGUGAUUGUGACUCAUGAGUGGAGGACCUUCCAGUGCUAAAGCUGAUCAUGUGUGUAACCCGAGGAGUACUUUUGGGUUUUGUUUCCUUGUUUUUGUUUUUGUAACCACUCACUGUCUUAAUGGCAAAAUAAUUAUGGUAAAACAACAAGUCUCGUGUUUAUGACUCCUUAAGAACUCUGUUCUAUUACCAUGGAUCGCCUAAUAAAGCAAACUGUGGUUGUUUCGGGGCCGUG